AUGGAAUGUUUUACAGUAAGAUAUAGCUAAUUAUUCGAUAAAGAAGCAGAUUUAAAAUCAGCUUUUGAAAUGAAAAUUUUUGAGAUCAAUAAAGUUUAUAUUUCAGUUGGAUCAGAUUCUAUAAUUCUUAAUGAAUCAACUUAAUUAUUAAAUAUCCAUGUUUAUUAUAAAUGCCCAUCUAACAAUAAAAAAGUACACAGUCAAUUGAAUAAAUGUAAUAGUUGUAGCGGAACUAAUAAGAUUUAUAACUUAAACCAUUAUUGUCAUGGAUCAAUCAAUUCAAUUAAUAUCUUUNGAUUUAAUUGCUAAAAUGGAUUUACCUAAACUGCCACAAUUCUUUUUUCAGAUUCAUUUGCAAAUACUCCUAAAAUAAUUAUUAUUCCAUUAACUCAAGAUUAUAUUUCUGCAGGUUCAAAAUUAAUAGUGAUGCUUGAAAUUUUAAGUGUCACUUUAACAGGUACUUUAUAAAAUUAUAUAUAUUUUACAUUAAAAAUAACCUGUCCUAGUAAUAAAGUCAAUUUGUAUUGGUUAUAUUGAUAUGUCAUUGAUGAUGCACGUAUUGGAGUAAUCAUUGAGACAAAUGCAAAAAAUUAAUUGCUUCUAAAUAAUAUCCAAUUUAAAAUCCAAACACAAAAAAAGCAAUUGCUUCUAUAAUGAUUAUUGGUUAUAACGGAUCAUUUAAAAUUGAUCUAUCUGUAAAUUAUAUAUUUUAAAUAGAUUAUUGCAUUAACUUCAACUUAAGUAACUUUGGGUAUUAAUAGUGAUAUUUCAAAUUUAAUUCAUCUGGAUUAUUAAAUAAUAUUGGCUAGUGAAGAAGCUUUUCCUUAAAUAAAUUAAAGGGUAGCCACAAGUGGUUAUACAAGUGAGCUUUUUACUCUUGAUCCUAAUAAUUAAUUUAUGACAACUUAUAAGAGAAUUCAAACUAGUAAUGGAAAUUCAUUUAGGUUCUAAUUAGAUAAAACUCAAAUUUUACCUACGGUUUCUUAUCAAAGUUCUACAUGUAACAAAUUUAAAUUUAACAAUAGGCUCCGGUAGUUCUUAUUCUUCAAACACAAUCAUUAGAUUAAUCUACAAAUCACCUCAAGAUUAAUUUUUUUUGACAAUGGAAUGUUUUACAGUAAGAUAUAGCUAAUUAUUCGAUAAAGAAGCAGAUUUAAAAUCAGCUUUUGAAAUGAAAAUUUUUGAGAUCAAUAAAGUUUAUAUUUCAGUUGGAUCAGAUUCUAUAAUUCUUAAUGAAUCAACUUAAUUAUUAAAUAUCCAUGUUUAUUAUAAAUGCCCAUCUAACAAUAAAAAAGUACACAGUCAAUUGAAUAAAUGUAAUAGUUGUAGCGGAACUAAUAAGAUUUAUAACUUAAACCAUUAUUGUCAUGGAUCAAUCAAUUCAAUUAAUAUCUUUGCUUAAUACAAUGUCUAAGCAAAUUACAAAGAAAUAUUAAUAACUUUAAUUAGUAAUAGUAUAUCCAUCGUUUAAACUUUAAGAAAUAAAAUUAUCACGGAUUAAAAUAUAUUAAAAGUAGAAUUUUUAGAUACCUUAGAAAUUCUUAAUAGUCAAGAAAUCUAAAAUAAUGGUAUGCUAAAUAAAUUCUCUAGAAUAAACACUAUCAUAAUAAUUAAUCUCAUCGCUGCAUAAUUCUAUCAUUAAGUUGAUUUUUCAUGUAUUUAAAAUUAUCAUGAUAAAAUCUAUAGAUUUAAUUUACAAUUAAUCGAUCGUAAAAUAGCAUAGUUAUAAUCAUCAAAUAAAUGA